UGUUUAACUGGAGAGCGGUCAUAGUUAGCAGUUUUAUGAGACUUAAAGGUUGGAGAGCUGACCACGGUCUGACUUUGCACUACCUCACACUUUGUGAACUUCGGAGGAAAAAGGGAAAAAGCAUGAGCUCAGACGCUGCCAUGUCCCCAAAGAUCACAGUGGAGCUGCUGAGGCAGCUGAGGCAAGCGAUGAAAAGCAGCAAGUACAUCAAGGAGCCCAUCCAGGCCUACAUCAUCCCUUCAGGAGACGCGCACCAGAGUGAAUAUAUUGCUCCCUGUGACUGCAGACGUGAGUUCAUCUGUGGAUUCAAUGGCUCAGCAGGCACUGCUAUAGUGACAGAGCAGCAUGCCGCCAUGUGGACGGACGGACGAUACUUCCUGCAGGCCAGCCAACAGAUGGACAACAACUGGACUCUGAUGAAAAUGGGCCUGAAGGAGACACCAUCACAGGAGGACUGGCUCAUCAGCGUUCUGCCGGAAAACUCCAAAGUGGGGGUCGACCCCUGGAUCAUUGCUGCUGACCAGUGGAAGGCCAUGGCUAAAGCUCUGAGCGGUGCCGGACACUCUCUGGUUGCUCUUCAGGAGAAUCUCAUUGACGCCAUCUGGGAGGACCGACCUGUCCGGCCGAGUACACAGCUCAGUGCUCUGGGGCUUAAAUACACAGGUCUGAGCUGGCAGGAUAAGAUCGUGCAGCUGAGGGGGAAGAUGGCAGAGAGAAAGAUCUCCUGGUUCGUGGUGACGGCCCUGGACGAGAUCGCAUGGCUUUUUAACUUGCGUGGCUCAGAUAUUGAGUAUAACCCCGUGUUCUUUGCAUACGCCAUCAUUGGAAUCAACAGCAUACGGUUGUUUUUGGAUGAGAAGCGUGUUGUGGACCCCGUGGUGCGGGAGCACCUGGAGCUGGACAGUCCCAGUAAGCCGGAGCUGGAGGUGCAGUGUUUGCCCUACGAGUCCGUCUACACGGAGCUGCGGGCGGUCUGCUCCGCACUCGGCCCUAAAGAGAAGGUGUGGAUCAGCGACAAGGCCAGCUGCGCCCUCACUCAGGCCAUUCCCAAGAUCCACAGGUCUCCAAUCCCGUACACACCAUUAUGUCUGGCCAAAGCAGUGAAGAACCCUACAGAGAUACAGGGCAUGAGGAUGGCACACAUUAAAGACGCAGUGGCGCUCUGUGAGCUGUUUGCCUGGCUGGAGAAAGAGAUUCCAAAAGGCACAGUGACAGAGAUCUCAGCCGCGGAUAAAGCCGAAGAAUUCCGCAGUCAACAGAAGGACUUUGUGGGCCUCAGUUUUCCCACCAUCUCCAGUGUGGGACCAAACGGAGCCAUCAUUCACUACAGGCCACUUCCUGAGACUAACAGGACUCUCUCUCUCAACGAAGUUUACCUGAUCGACUCUGGAGCUCAGUACAUGGACGGAACGACGGACGUGACUCGUACAGUGCACUUCGGAACUCCCUCAGACUACGAGAAGGAAUGCUUCACAUACGUUCUGAAGGGCCACAUCGCGGUCAGCGCUGCAGUUUUCCCCAAUGGAACCAAAGGUCACCUGCUGGACUCGUUUGCGCGUGCGGCUCUGUGGGACUCUGGGCUGGAUUACCUGCACGGCACGGGCCACGGCGUGGGCUGCUUCCUCAACGUACACGAGGGUCCCUGUGGCAUCAGCUACAAAACCUUCGCAGAUGAACCGCUGGAGGCCGGGAUGAUCCUCAGCGAUGAGCCUGGAUAUUAUGAAGACGGCUCCUUUGGCAUUCGACUGGAAAACGUUGUUCUGGUUGUUCCCACAAAGCCUAAAUAUAACUACAGGAACAGAGGCAGUCUGACUUUUGAGCCGCUCACACUCGUCCCCAUUCAGCAGAAGAUGAUCAACACUGAACUUCUCACACAGAAAGAGCGUGACUGGCUGAACCAUUACCACAGGAAAUGCCGAGAGACGAUUGGGGCAGAGCUGGAGCGUCAGGGCAGGAAGGAGGCCCUGGAUUGGCUGAUCCGAGAAACCCAGCCAAUCGUCUGAAAGAGUAGUUGGUUUAUUUUUAUUUAACCCAAUCCUAAUCAUUACGGUCAGAAGUGAGUUUUUUGGUCUUUGUCUUACGAAACUCUUUCUCUCUGUCUGGUUCUCUGGUCGGUGUGCUUCUCUCUAUGCCUACUUUGUAAAGCACAUGCAUAUUCGCUUCUUUUAUGAGCCAAUAAAACAGAGAGAUAUGUGGAAACCAG